UUCGAUUAGCAGAAUCACAUUUCACCGAAUGAAAGCUUUCAUAUGUUAAAAAUCCAGCGGAGGAAAUUUCAGUCUACUGCGGAUUCUCAUGCAUUGUAAAUUUGUACAGCAACUUAAGUGAACAUGCGAAUAGUAAAUUGAAUGAUUAAUUUCUUACAGACACACAAUGAUGCUAGAUAUGCUACGAAGGAUUAUACAUGCUGCAUUGGUAAUGCCUUUUACAGCAGGACUAGUGACAAAGCGUGAAAAUGGCAGAUUUUCGGUUCAUGAUGCAAGUAUAUCCGGUCUAGUGCUAUUGACGACUCUAGUUAUAGCGGUUCUUGAAGUGAUGUUGAUAUUUCCAACCAAAGAUUCUAGAUGGGUGAUGGUUGGAUUACUAGCUUUUGCCAUAUGUAUCUUAAUCACUUGUAGCUUUCUAGUUCACAUAAAAAGCGAUUGGAAGGUUUUUCAUAGACGAAAAGUUACUGACAGACUGAAAUUAGCGUUUCUGUGGCUCUUUUGCUUCGGAAAUAUAGUAUCACAGGCGAUGAAAUUAGCUCUUCAUAUCCAAUGCAAUGUACGUGAGUCAUUAUCACAGAAAUCAAUUUACUAUAUAAUUACUUGGCUUUUCGAUCUCGGACAAACCAUAUUCAUUGUUUAUUUUUCACGAUUCAGAUUUGCAAAUAUUAGGUGUUUUUAUUAUAUACUGAUGUUUUUGUUUGUUGCAAACAUUUCUUUGUGGACACGUAACAAUUUAGACUUGUACUUUGAAGACAUAAAAGACAUUUUGAAUAACUCUGGACACCUAUGCAAUAACGCCACAACUCUGUAUAAAGCAGGAAGGAUACUAAAACCAUUUCUGGAUCCGGUGUUGCUUGAAUAUUGUCUGUUAAGUUUGAUAUUCAUUUCUCAAAUGUGGCCAAAGCAGUACGUGUCACUUGACAACAUGCAUUUAUUUGAUUCUACUUCCCUUUCUCAAGACAAUGGAGAAAAUUAUCCGCUUUUAUCGAGAAAUAUAGCAGUUCUUAACAGGCAUACACCAAUGAAUAGGAAAUCAAAGUGUAUAGUCGGACUUGUUAUAUUGUUUUUUUUAUCCUUCAUUAUGAUCCAGUGCAUUUUAAUGUACAUAACAAAGUUUAACCAAGCUGGUGCACCCAGUGCAUACUAUCUUUUCGGAAACAUUUUGCGAAUACCACUCACAAUCAAAUGUUAUCAUGCAUUAGCUGGAGAACUACAACCAAAGGAAAGGCCACGGAAAAUAAUCAACAUUCAACAUUUUAUUAUCCUUUCAACAUCUCUUGCUACUUGUGGUUACUACAUUCUUGAAAGUCUCGGGAUAUUUCGUAAUGACAUCAGAAUCCAUCUUAAUACAGUUGUUAGAGUUACCGUCACGAUUUUACAGACAACUUUUAUUCUACAGAUGAAGCAAUACCGAAAGUUUAGCAGUUCCAAUUCUGUAUUAUCAAUCCGAAACAUCUUUCUUGUGAUGUGUUUUGUAAAUUUCAGCACUUGGUUUUCGUAUACAUUUAUGUAUGUUCCGUACGAGGGUUUUAUUAAUCAACCGCUGUUUGACAGUACCACUUGGCUGAAAUUUAAGCAUUUCUGGGUUCCGUUUGUAAUUUUCUAUCAUUUUGAAUGCUUUAUAAUGUUUUAUCAUUUCUAUAAAGAAUGAAAUUUCACGAUUUGCAGUAAAAUUCUAAUGAAUGGCCACCAGACUCAAGCUAUCGAACAAUAAGCCAGCGAACAAUAAGAUGCAUCAAGCUAGCGAACAAUGAGCCAGCGAACAAUAAGAAAAACGCGCCAACCUGAUCAUGCCCAAAAACCGAAGACUUGCAAUAACAUGAAACGUGCUUUGAAAUCUGAUGAGAAUCAUUUCCAGUAGGAAGACGAUAUGCAAUUCAUUUUCACAGACACGUUUAUUUGAUACAACUUUUUUUUAAGCCGGGCAUCUAAAAUUACUUUAAGCUAAUCCAUUCUCUUUUUAGUGUUCUCUGAUUAGAGAUGGGUUUAUUGUCUGUAUAAUAAUGAACCAAGUUAUAACAAUAGUUUAUUCUAAACUAGUGUAACGAUACAAUUAAAUCUUCUAGCUUAUAUAUGCGUUUGAAAAGAAAAGAAAAAAAAACGGACUGAUUUUUAUGUUAGAUUUUCUGUUGAAAUAAAAGCUGAUAACUAUUAUACGUAGUUUCUUCUUUUGUCAAAGAACGAGUACAUUGUUCUUAUGAUUCAAAAGUAUGUCGUUACACUGGUAAUUUAUUUAUUAUAUUUCAAUAGGAAGAGUGAUUAGUGUCAGAGUGACACACAAAUAGAACGAGAAACGAAUUGAAAUAAAGAUUUUGGUUAAUCUAAACGACUAUUUUUUUGGAUCCAAAUCACAAAUGAUAAUACUAAGGUUACCUGGACCCAAAGAACCAGGUGGGUAAAGUUACGGAACUUUUAUAACUGAGUUCCAAAGUUGGGGUAUGGUGACCCAACCCCCUCCCUUCUUUAAUUCAUAAAAAAGUCCCUACGGCAAAGCUUUUGUCCACACUAGGUACAAAUGAUAGGCAAUGGCCUAAGGUUGUCUGGAACCAAACAAAUAGGUGGGUAAAGAUACGGAACUUCAACAACUGAGGUCCAAAGUUGGGGUAUUGUGACCUAAUCCCCUCCCUUUUUUAAUCCAUAAAAAGUCCAUACGGUAAAGCUUUUGUCUACACUAGAUGCAAAUGAUAGGCAAUGGCCUAAGGUUGCC